AUGUUGAGCAUCACAACCAUAAGUCUGCUCUUUGCGGGCAUUUCUCUUGCAGCACCAGCGACAACAACCACUACGGAAGUCAAUGGUAUAUAUUUGAACAAGUGCUCUUCUCCGCGGGUCAGGAAGUCAUGGCAAUCCCUUAACACAACUGAAAAGAAAGCCAACAUCGAUGCCGAGCUCUGCCUGCAAAAACUACCAGCCGACCUGGGCAUCCGCGGCGCAGAGACCAAAUUCGACGAGCUCCAAAGCGUCCACGCCUCACAGACCGAAAACAUACACUGGGACGAAGUGACAGAUGCUGAGAACAUACUGGGCUCCGACUUGCUCGACCCCGUCACCGGCUUUGGAGGCAAUGGCAAUGGCACCUUAGGCUGUGUAGUGGAUGGGCCAUUCACAAACCACACUGUCGCGAUCGGCCCAGGCUACACCAUCGCGCCGAACUGCAUCACACGCGCCGUCUCGGAUGAGGGCGAGAGUGGCGUUGCACAGCAUGGCUCAGACCCCAUUGUCGUCGCGGCGUGCAUGGCGCCCACCAACUUUGUGGACUUCUGGCACUGCGUUGAAGCUGGGCCGCACAGCUUCGGUCACGGCGGCGUCUGGGGCCUGAUGGUUGACACGGUCGCCAGUCCCGGCGACCCUAUCUUCUACAUGCACUACGGCUUUCUCGACAAGCUCUGGGCGGACUGGCAGGAGAACGACACCUCUACGCGCUACACCGAGAUCGGCGGCAACAACGUCCUGAACUUCUCGUACCCGUUUCCAUCGGGCCACAUCGUUGACAUAGAGGGCCUGAACAUCACAUCCGAACUACCGCGCACUCUGCCCGCCUACGAUGGCACGAACUUAGAGGCUAUCUUGGCUGCCAUCUUUGGUGCCGCACGACCGGCUGAUGUUCCGGCCCCAAAAACAAUGGGCGAUCCUGGAAGCGAGGUGACUCUUACCCAUCAACUGACGAGUUACGGCAUUCUUCCGGACCUGACGAUCGCGGAUAUCAUGGACACGAAGAACUCGUACUUAUGUUAUGCGUAUGAUUCUUAG